UUUGUGGUAUGCGCCAGAGAUUGUGUGCUAUUACUGUUACCGUGCUAUGGUCGCAUGGAAAUAUGAUGAAAAUAAACGAAAGAAAUAUCGGAUAAAAUAUGUUUCGCCAGUAAUUUGGUUACCGCAAAGUGAACACUCUGUUGAUUCUUGUUAUUUUUGUCAAACGCAACCACGUACCCGUGGUUUUCGUUACAAUAUUCGCGAAAAAAUUGAUUAUGCCGAUGUGCCAACCAUAAUUCCGGCACGAUUGCGUUCUGCAGUUCAUCCAAAAGCUCCAUCAGAGGAGCAAAAAGAGCAAGAAGUCAUAUUUGAAGCGUAUGACAUGGAAUCAGCAGAACUGUCUCAAACGGAAUUAACAAGAUACAACAAACUAUCACGAGAUAUACGAGAGUUAGGUAGGAAGAUUAAGGAAGUCGAGCCUGACCAUCCCUUUCGUAUUGAGCAAAGUGCCGUAUUGUUGGAGAAGCUAUAUAUGAUGGGCCUGAUUUCCACCAAAUGGGACUUGUCGCAGACACAAAAAGUAACUGCUAGUUGCUUCUGCAGACGAAGACUCCCGGUCAUUAUGGUGCGCAAUAAGAUGAGUCAGACAAUAUCCAUGGCGACAAAAUUGAUAGAACAGGGUCAUGUCCGAGUCGGAGUAGAAGUUGUAAAAGACCCAGCGUUUUUGGUAACAAGAAAUUUAGAGGACUUCGUAACAUGGGUAGACACAUCUGCUAUUAAGAAACACGUAUUGGAAUACAAUAACGAGAGGGAUGAUUUUGAUAUAGUGUGAUCAACUGAAUUUUCUUGUUUUUUUUUUACAAAAAGACUGUUGAUAUGCAACAAUGUAUAUAAAAAAACUAUCAAUGUAUAUAAAAAAAAAACUGUUAAUGAAGAAAGUAAUCUACAUCUUAUUUUUUGUUUAUAUAUAAAACAUAUAUUUUGAACAUUGCUUUUAAUAAACUCCACAAUAACUAUCGUUGUU